UCUGUCCUUCCCCUCCCCUGGUGACCAUCACAGGAGACCACCAACAGCAUCCCACCCUGGAAAAGGCCUAGGUCCUGCAAACACCCUAUCACUAUCACCUCUCCCCACUGGCAGAGGUAUGUAAGAGUGGGAAGGAGUUGCGCUGAGAGAGAAAGAAGAAAGGGAACUUGGACUUUGUGAUUCAUACACUUACUUCACUGGCAGCAAGCUCAUAUUACUUUGUAAUAAAAUAACUAAAAAGAGGAAGAAGGAAGAAGGAAGAAGCAGUGCAGUAGCAGCAGCCCUGACUUAGAGACCACCUGUCUGAUCCUGACCCAAUGCUGGGACAGCCUCUUCUCAGAGCCACUUUGGGCCCUCAGUCGUGGUUCACCCGCUUCCCAGGGGAGGUGGAUGCCCUCUGUACACUUUCCUCCACCAGCACCCAGGGGUCUCUAUUAGUCCCUCACUGGAAGCAGCUGAGGUUUGGGAGAAGAGGGCUCAGUACACAAGAGAUCUGCAAAGAGAGUGAAGGACCUCUGGACCCCCAGGCCCUGCUUUGUCUGUCCUAGAGUUCUGCUUUCUACUAUGGCCUCACCUGCUGACUGCUCCUGGAACUACCUCACAUCCCAGAUGAGGAAAAAGACACAGCAACUUGCCCAGGGUCACCUCCAAUAUGCAGAUUCUUGCCGUGAUGCCUCUGCUACUUGUGUCUGUUGGCCUCAUGGACACACUUCAGGGAUCACUCUGCCCAAGGGGCAGUCGCAAUGUUGGUCUUGGGGAGCUUGCAACCCGCGGUACCCAACCCCCUUCCCUCCAGGUCCAGAGCCACCUCAUCACACGACGAGACCUCUUCUCUCAAGAAACACCUCUGGACAUGGCCCCAGCCUCCUUUGAUGACCAGUACACUGGCUGUGCAGCAGCGAUGACCGCUGCCCUCGCGGAUCUCAACCACACGGAGUUCCAGACCAAUAAGGUGUAUGCAGAUGGCUGGACGCUGGCAAGCAACCAAUGGCAGGAGCGCCGGGUCUGGGGGCCAGUGUGGGGCCUCAGCCCUACCCGCCUUCCCCCACCACCUCCUGGCUUCCGUGAUGAGCACGUGGUGGCCCUCUUGGCUUAUACAGCCAACAGCCCCCUGCACAAGGAGUUCAAUGCAGCCGUGCGCGAGGCGGGCCGCUCCCGGGCUCACUACCUCCACCACUUCUCCUUCAAGACACUCCACUUCCUGCUGACCGAGGCCCUGCAGCUGCUGGGCAGAAGCCAGCAUUCUCCCCGGUGUCACCAGGUGUACCGAGGGGUGCAUGGCCUGCGCUUCCGGCCAGCAGGGCCUGGGGCUAUGACAAGAAGUGCAAGUCUGGGUCCUGUCAUCUGGAUACCUCAGUGGCCGGUCAAAGCUCCCUUUUCACAGACUGGUCCCUGCUGCUGCUGCUCCAGUUCCUUGUGGUGGGGGCCCUUCCAGAGAGUCCAGGCUUCCUCUGAUCCAUCAGACAUUGAGCAGCCCUGCCAGACACUCUGCCGACCUGAGGAUGUUGGUCACGUGUGUGCAUUAAGGGUAGCCAAGAUCUCUGGUAAACCCAUUUGUAGGGCUCUGGGACCUUCUCUGAAAGCUGCCAGACCUCUCAGACCUGGAGACACAAUAAAGAAUCUGGGGACUGAAUCUUCCACCAGGGUGCUAGGAAUGAUACUCUGACUAGAGGCAAGAGGAUUCCAGAACAGGCAACCACUCACUUGGAGACAGAAGAGACUUCAACACUUCGGGGGCUGACUGGGUAGGAAAGCACUUGACCAUGGGACUUGCUGGUAUUACUCAAAUGCCUCACAUAUCCACCUGGAAAGUUUCAAUUCACUCCUCUAGGAAGCCUUCUCUGACCUCUGCCACCUGGCUGGGUUAUGGGCCCUGCCUCUGUGCUCCCUGAGGUCCCUGGAUGCUUCCCAUAUCAGACUGUGAGCUUUCUGAGGAUAGGGACUGAGUCUGAGGCACAGAGAUGAUGCCUGGAACUAUGUGAAAAUCAGAAAGGGACAAACUCCUGUGAAAGAUGGUCUCUGAACUGCCCCUUUGGACACUUUCAAGUUCCCCAAAUCUAAGUGUGUGGGAAUUGGGCAAACUGCAUCUAACUUGAGAGGUCAGAGCAGGGGAAAUAGAGCUUUAGGCCCUCUCUGAGAGUCCCAGUCAAAUCCCAGUCUUCUCGUCAGCAAAGAUGUUAAUUUCUGCUGUGAUUCAUAAGUCCUGAGGCUCCUGUCUCUAGAGAAAACACGGACCCCUGACUUCUGCCAUCACAGGUCCCCAGGAGAAGACAGGACAUCAAGGAGAUGCUAGGUACACACUUUAUUAUGGGUUAAGGCUUUGAGAAUGGAUGUCUGUUUGACCUCCUGCUCUGGAAAGUAGACCAUGAAUUUUCUUCCUUGAGCCCUAGGCAAGGAUAGGCAAGACCAAGUCUCCAAAGCAGCAGCUGCCUAUGAGGACAGAAAAUGCAGUCAGUGGCUCUCUUCCUUCCCUUCCCUUUUCCUUCCUUCCUGCACUGAAGAUUGAACCCAGGGGCAUUUUAACACUGAGCUACUUCCCCAGGCCUUUUUUAUUUUGGAGAAGGGGUCUCACUAAUCACUGAGGUGGGCCUCAAACUUGUGCAAUCCUUCCUCAGCCUCCUAGGCCGCUGGGAUUACCGGUGUUACUGCCAUGCCCAGUUGCUGUUAUGUAAUCACCUGCUCUCUCCCCACUAAGAGUUCUAACUCUGAGUAUGGCCAUUCAGUUCUGUCCAAAUUUGUACUUUGAUCUUGAUCCUUCCUGGAGUUCUUCUUUAGGAAUUAGGGAAGUGGCAGGCUCUGGAUCCCCCUCAGGUAAGGCAUGGACACAAGGGCUCAUUGUAGAUUGUGAAAUUAGCUGUGCUGGUUCUGACGAGAAAGUUUCCCAGGCUCUUAGCAGCAGUAAGGACAGGCUGGAUUAUCUGAGGACCAUCAACCACCUGGCUUUUGCCAUCCCAUCUUGUGGCUGCUGUGGCUAUGGAAACUUCCUGGGACCCAGUCCCAGCCCCUCAGAGGGCCUGUAUCAGCACCAGAAGACUCAUGACCAAGGCCAUGAAGAAGAAGAUGCCCAGGAAGAAGCGGUCCAUCACACGUGCCAGGCGCUUCCAGUCCUCAUGGCGGCGCUGGGCAGCCCUGUGGCUGCGAAAGGUGCUGGCAAUGGUGGCUACAUGGUGCAAUAGGGCUUCCUGUCUGCACAGACAGUGUGGCUCAUGGCAAGGUCCUGCUGGAGGGCCAGCAGGAGGCUGGGGGCUGGGGACUGGCUCCGGUGGCCUGGGCUGCCCACAGGGCUCCCCUCGUUCCCGCACACACAAGCCCCUUGCCAGGUGUCCUAGCAGGAGGGCCCGAGCCCAGGCUGGUACUGGGCGAGCACUGGGACCACAGUAAUGCAGGUUCAUGAUAAGGAUGGUGAGUGCUGUUGAGAAUGUGACCAUGGUCAUAGUAGCCAUGUAGUACUUCCCUGUAAGAGAAAGAGCCAGUUGGGGCCCAAACGAACUUGGGGAUCAUGAGUUUCCCAGCGGCUUCCCCCCAAAUAGGAAGAAGCCCAGAGAAGGCUUUGAGGACUCUUCACGCCCAAUGGACAGAAGAAGGAAGGAGUUAAGAGUCCGUUCUCCUUAUUCCUCAUUCCUCCCAGUGGGCCCACGGAAGUUACCUGCUUUCUGCUUGUUUUCCACACUGCCGGAGGCUCAAAUAGUUAUGGGCAUAGAUUAUUCUGAGGCAACAUGCCAAUCCUAUCUAUACAAUUGGGAUAACAAGAGAACCUACCUCAUACAUCUGUGGUAAUGCUCACCUGAGUUAAUAAAUGACAAACAUAGAAGAGUGCUUGGCACACAAGGAGCACACAGUACAUUUUGCCUAUUAUUAUAUGAUCUUCCUUCAUCAAAGCCCUAAGAAAAGAUGGUCUCCUACCCGCUCCUAGUGGUGAGGGGUUUUCUACUUCUUUCUCCUUGACUUCAAAGUGAGGGCAUGCUCCAAGGACGCACUCUCUCCCACCUAAGCGGAGCCACUCUGCCACCUCAACCCCUGAACCCACUCCUGGCUAGGUGGGAGCUCAGUGCUCUCCUGCCAAACACGGGACUUCCACGCGCUUCAGCCUGGAAAGAAACAGGGUUUCCCAACGCCCUGGCCGGCUCACCGAUAAGCGGCACGCUCUCGGCGGGAGGCAUACUCUCGGCUAGGAGCAGCUGGAAGACGGUGAGCGCCAGCAGCACGGUGACCCCGAGCGACACCUUCUCGCCCGAAUCAGCGGGUAGGUGGAAGGCGAGAGGAGCAAGCAGGGAGAUGAGCACGCAGGGCAGCAGCAGGUUGCACACGUAGGCGGCUGCGCGGCGGCGCAGCAGCAGCGUGAAGGUUACGUCGGGGUAGGGCUCGGAGCAGCAGCCAUAGGUGAGCACACGCCGCCUAGCCGGCAUGCCCAGCACACGCCACUCCACGUUUUCCACGAAGUCGGCCAGGCUGGCGGCAGUGCCGCGAGGCCGCACAUCCAGCUGAUGC